AUGCCUCGCGGCAGCAAGAGAAACGACAAUCGUGGGGCCUACAACGACGACUACGGAAACUCUGCCACUUGGGAGUAUUGGCGGGGUGGCUGGUCGCCACGCUCUGCAGCCCAGGCUCCGUGGAAGCCCCGUGGCCAGGGGGAUCGUCUUUUUCCAGCCUUCGACGAAGUUGCAGUUCCGGCGGGCGGGAAGGCGCCGGAGAAGCCAGCGGAAGUCAUUCAUAUUGGCGACUGUGGAGACGAUCAACUGGUGAGCGCCGUGCAGGCCGCGCUCAACGCUGCGCGGAAGGCCGAGCAACGUGUCGCCAAGCUCAAGGCCCAGGGGGCCACGGUCACGACCAAGUGGGAGCACUACGAGGCGAAGCUCAAGGAGACCUACCAGAAGGAGCACGACCGAUACCAGGCCGCCAGGGAGCGCUUACAGAGGGAGCUCCACGACGCGGAGGCCCUACAGUUCCAAGCACGGCAGGUUGUGCGACAGGCCAUGGCCAACAAGGCGUCUGGGAGUGCCGAUGUCCCUAUGCUCACCCGGCCCACAGCGGAUCAGGUUUUUGCAGGAUGGCUAGCGGAGGAGGACAAUCAGCUGCAUGCAGUGUUGAACCGAGCUCUUGGGGUGCCCCAUGGGGGCACACCUAUGCGAGGGAGGACUGGCACGCCCCUCACGCCGCCAGGCCACUUGCUGCCGCCGGCAGGCUCGGGUGCGGCACCUCCGUACGACCCUUACAUGCAAGCAGGCGAGCCCCAUCUACCCAGCAAUCCCGGGCCCAGUGCGCCGUUUCCCACACCGGGGCCGGCUGGCGAGCCGGGUGCCCCGCCUCCGGGUUUGGGGCCUAUGGACACUGGAGCUCAUGGUGUGGCGUCUCCGGGCGGAGUGGUGGACCAUGCUUAUGGCCCCAGUCCCAACCAGGAGCGUGCAAUACGACGCAGGGCCCUGGAGCCCUUUGGCAUCCCGACUACCCGCCCGGAACAUGUCCCUGCAGGUGGGGUUCUACCUGCUCCCGUCAACUUCCUUGCCGACGACGAGGACGAAGCUGGUACAGGCACUUGA